AUGGAAAUUCUAGGACUGUGCCCUCCGUCACUGAUGCCACCGCCCUUUCUGCCACCGUCGACCACCAGAAAGCUCUACAGACUCAACGCCGUCACCGGCGGCUCCAACACUACUGGCGGCGUCACCAGUAGCUUCUCCGUCACUAGCCGCUGGGCCGAGCGGCUCCUAUCCGACUUCCAGUUCCUGCCGUCCACCGCCGCCACUACGACAGCCGACCCUCCCGAAAACCUCAAUUUCAUUAACUCCGGUAAUAAUGGUCCAUUCAAUCCUCCGGUGGCUAAAGUACCAGAGCGCGCCGUGGAAAUGCCGAUUGAUUUUUACCGAAUUCUUGGCGCCGAGGCUCAUUUCCUUGGCGAUGGUAUUAAGAGAGCUUAUGAAGCCAAGCUCAGGAAGCCGCCGCAAUAUGGUUAUAGCGAAGAUGCCCUUGUCAGCCGAAGCUUGAUUCUUCAAGCCGCUUCUGAAACUCUGGCCAAUGCUACCUCUCGGCGGGAGUAUAAUCAGGGUCUUGCUGAGUAUGAAUAUGGUACCAUUGUCACUGAAGUUCCAUGGGAUAAGGUUCCUGGGGCAUUGUGCGUAUUGCAAGAGGCAGGGGAGGCCGAAUUGGUUCUUCAAAUUGGGGAAAGGCUUCUAAAAGAGAGGCUACACAAAUCAUUCAAACAAGAUGUAGUGCUGGCAAUGGCCCUUGCGUAUGUUGAUAAAUCAAGGGAUGCUAUGGCACUGACACCUCCGGAUUUUAUUGAAGGCUCGGAAUUGCUUGGGAGGGCUCUGAAAUUGCUACAGGAAGAAGGUGCAACUGGCCUUGCACCUGACUUGCAAGCUCAGAUUGAUGAAACCCUUGAAGAAAUCAACCCACUUUGUGUACUGGAACUACUAUCUUUACCACUCGAUGAGGAUUUCCGCUCAAGAAGGGCUGAAGGUCUUCAAGGUGUCCGUAAUAUUUUGUGGUCUGUUGGAGUAGGGGGUGCUGCUGCCAUUUCUGGUGGAUUUACUCGUGAAGAUUUCAUGAAUGAAGCAUUCCUACGUAUGACUGCAGCAGAACAGGUUGAUCUAUUUGCUGCCAAGCCAAGUAAUAUUCCUGCUGAAAGUUUUGAGGUCUAUGGAGUGGCAAUUGCACUUGUUGCUCUGGCAUUGGUGGGUAAAAAGCCUCAUCUUAUCAAGGAUGCCGAUGACCUUUUCCAGAAACUUCAGCAGUCUAUGGUUGCCGCACAAUCUAUUUACCCUGUUAGGGAUGCAUCUGAAACAGAUUUCGCUGUAGAAAGGGGUCUUUGUUCUCUUCUUGUUGGAGAUAUUGAUGAAUGCCGCACUUUGUUAGGCUUGGACUCUGAGAGUUCCAUUUACAGGGAUCCAUCUAUUGUGGAUUUUGUCGUUGAACACUCUAGAGAUGAUGAAGAAGACUAUGUACUCCCUGGGCUUUGCAAGCUUUUGGAAACAUGGUUGAUGAAAGUUGUGUUUCCCAGAUUUAGGGACACUCAGGACAUACAAUUCAAGCUUGGAGAUUAUUAUGAUGAUCCUAAAGUUCUGAGGUAUUUAGAAAGAUUUGAGGGUGGUAGAGCUUCUCCUUUGGCUGCUGCAGCAGCUAUAGCAAGAAUUGGGGCAGAAGCUACAGCUGUGAUUGACAGUGUAAAAAUGAGUGCACUUCAGGCUUUACAAAAGGUAUUCCCUCUUGGAUCCAGCGAAAGGAUUGCAAAAGUAGAUGAGGAAUAUGACAUUAUAAAUUCUGAGGGAUACGCUGAACAUGAAGUGCCUUCAAGUCCUAGAGAUUUGGAUGAUUCUGCCUAUAAUGGAAUUCCUAUUACUGAUAGACAAGUUUCCAGUGAAUUACAAGAACAGGAAUUGAUCACGCAGAAAAUAAAAGAGGCAAGUGUGAAGAUUAUGUGUGCUGGAGUUGCAGUAGGAUUGAUAACAUUGUGUGGUCUGAAGUUUAUACCAUUUCGAAAUAACUCACGCACUCUUAAGUAUGUUGAUCCAGCUACGGGGUCUGAUGUAUUCAAUGUAGGGGAAUCAGUAGAUGAAAAUCCUGCGGAAGUAUCAAAAAUGGAUGCAAGGUUGGCUGAACAUCUUGUUCGCAAGUGGCAGGAUAUCAAGUCCCAAGCUCUUGGUCCUGAUCAUUGUCUUCAGAAAUUACCUGAGGUUAGAAUGUGCUAUCGUCUGAAGUUUCAAUUUGAUAUGAUAUAAUACUUGGGUUUAGUAGCAAUACAUUUAUAUACUGUUCACUCUCUCUCAUUGUAAGGCCUUUUAGAAGGUUGAAAAGAAGUUAUAAUACGUCUAAAGAACCAUUCCAGCUUAUCUUUCCUGAAAUAACUGUAUGGCUGGAGUUGAUUGUAUUUAUGUAUCUCUGAUUUCAUUGCCUUUAAUCAUAAUAAUGACAUACCAGGUUUUGGAUGGAAAAAUGCUGAAAAUUUGGUCAGACCGAGGAGCAGAAAUCACCCAACAGGGCUGGUAUUGGAAGUAUACUUUAUUGAACCUUACCAUCGACAGUGUGACAGUUUCUGUUGAUGGCCAACGUGCUAUUGUGGAAGCAACACUGGAGGAAUCAGCUCAACUAACGGACGUGGCCCAUCCCGAACACAAUGACUCUUAUAAUACAGUUUACACGACGAGGUAUGAGAUGUCAUGGGGUAAAUCUGGAUGGAAAAUCACUGAAGGCGCUGUCCUGAAAGCGUGAUCAGAAUCGUAUAUAGUGGUGAGAUUCUGUAUGUAGUAGAUGUUAUGAUGAAUGAGAUUGUCCUUUUGUCAUUUGGGCUUCGACACUGUCUUGCUUGAUUAUCAAAAAAAUUUGAAAUAAUGUAUAAGCUCAAACACUGCUAGAUUGUAGAGAUUCGGUUGAUAAUCUGCAAAAUCCUCCCUUUUUGGCUGAAUACGGUGUAUGGAGUUCACUUCUAUUCAAUAGAGUUGAUGAAAAUUGCUUUGAUCUUGUCUCGUUGACCUCGUGUAUCAUGUUUGUGUAUCUUGAUUGUGGACUAAUAUGGCGGACACGCAUUGUUUAUCUUGUGUUUUUCAGUUUAAUAAUUGAAACUUUUGUAGAGUUG